UGGGGUCCUGGGAAAUCUCGUCUCCUCCUCCGUUUCCCGCCUUCUUUCCCUUUGCAGACGCUAGCGGCCUCUAGCUGUGCAGGGCCUUGGCGUUUUUCUCGGCCCCUGCUCCUCUUCCGCGUCCGAAGCAGGCUGGGAAGACCUCCGGCCUCUUCUUCUCUCCUUAUGCGUGUUCUUCUGGGGAUUCCUGUGGAAGGGGGUGGGGACGGAGUGUUAAAAGUGUAAAGGUUUCAGACAGAUAAUCCAGCAUCAAUGCAGCCAAACAGGAGGCGCAAAAUAGAAUGGGACAGCUCAUCUGUUAACUCACCCACCAAAUAUUUCAGGCUCACCAAAGAAGAACUCCCUGUUCCUUCCCCUAGCAGCAGCUUGGCCAACAAGAGAACUGUGUUCAGAAAGACUCAGAUCUCGCACUCUCCAGAGUUGUCUUAUAAAGAGUUUUCAAGAACUUCAUUUGCAGCAGAAGAAUCUUCCUCUGAUGAUUUUGAAACGGAUGAUGAAAUUGACAAUGUGGUUAAGGAGACCCAGUGCCGUUCUUCUUUCAGAGGAGUGCAUCUUGUAAACCGUUCUGUUUGUGAAAUGUCCAAGAGAAGCGUGGUUUCCUCUCAGGAAUCCUUGAAACAUGAGGUUAAACAAGAUGCUUGCAGUGAUGCAGGCCAGAACCUUGCACGCAACACCGAAAGCAAAGACAUAUCAAAGGAUAUAGGGGCUGAAUGUGGCCGUAAGAAAGUGGAGAACCGGGGAGCUGCAUUAAUUUACCGAAAAGCUCUGCUAGGUGCAUUAGGGAAAGCAUUUCCAGCCAAACGAGAUGCUUCAUCUCCAAACGGAAUUCAUGUGAAUAGCCUUCAUCGCAGAAAAGAAGCUUCUGGACCAAGAGACAACUUGAGACAUCAUUCUGCAGGGGAAGAUGAUCCCAGUUGUAGGAAAACUACACAAAAAGAACAAAUUAAUAUCUGUGUUCAGCAGGAUAAAAAAGAUUCUCAUGGGUCAGAUGGUAGCUCAAGACGUGUAUCUGUAGUUUCAAGAUCAGAAAGAGAAGAGGAAUUUAAACUGGGAUCCAGUUUUCAGAAACCCGGUGUAAAUGAAGAAAAUAGUUCAAACUGCAGUGGAAAAGAGGAUGUCAGACCAGGAUGCAGCUCAAGGCCUGCCUCUGGAACAUUGAGACUUGAAGAUGAACCAGACCUUACGCAAGAACCGAAAAACCGGAGUAGUCCUGCAAGAGAGGACAUUAAUACCUCUGUUGGGCAGAAUAAAAAAAAACUUCGUAGAUUCAGCAGCAGUUCUGGAGAUGUGGCUAACUUUUCAAGACUUGAAGGGGAACAAAAACAUAAACAAACAUCAACCAAACAGCAAAGUAAAAUUGAUGGAGAAACUGAUUGCACCAGCCUGGGUAAAAAAGAAUCAUGGACACCUGAAAACAACUCAAGGCACGUCUCUGAAGGUGCAAGACAUGAAGGCAAAGAAGUAUUCAGGCCUGGCAGCAGCAAUCAGAAAAGUGCUUCGAAAGAAUCUGCUGCUCUCACAAAGCAAAAAAAUGUGACAAAAGAACAGUGUACUGCCCCCAGCUUGGUUGACAUAAACAGUGAAACUAAAAUGCAGUUUGAGAAUUUCCAGAGGACAGUUCUGGUUCAACCUUCUUCAAAACUUGUAUUUAUGGAUGAACAUGAUUCAGAAGUAGACCAAAAGCAUAAAGAGCAAGAAAAAGAGCCUUCAGAGGGAAGUAGCUGGACUGAUAUGGAGGAUGCGGAACCAUUAGCUAUUUUCUCGCAAGAGGAUUCUAUCCAGAAUCAUAAUACUUCUGAAACAAAAGACACUUCAGCAUCUGCCACAGAAUUCGUAAUGUAUCCUCCUCACCUGUACAGUCAUAAGAUGAAAGACUAUGCAAAAUAUUGGACAAAGCCCACCAAGCCAGAACACUGUAGUCCUUUUUCAAGCCCCUGUGAAGAUACUUCAUUUGAUUCUUCAUAUUCUAGUCAGAUCUGUAACAUUUCUUUUGAUACCUCAGUUGAUAUUUCAUCAAAUACCUCACAGGAUAAAGAAUCUUCAUUGGAAGAGGUGCAUGGUAGGCCAUGGUCACUUGGUUCUUCGCUGGUCUUUGAGAAGAAACAUAGACGGCGGAGUAUGGAAGUGGGACCAUCCAUUCCUAUUUUCUCCACACCAAGCAAAUUGGACUCAUCUCUUACUAACCGUGUACACCACAAUUUGCCUGACAACUUACCCAGAUAUUUAAAAGAUGGAUUUAUUGACACUCACUGCCAUCUGGACAUGCUAUAUUCAAAAAUGGCUUUUAGGGGCACCUUUUCUAAAUUUAGAAAUAAUUAUGAGACCACCUUUCCUGAAGAAUUUGAAGGCUGUAUAGCUGACUUUUGUGAUCCUCGUACCUUGAAAGACUCCUUAUGGGAAGAUUUAUUAAAGGAAGACAUGGUUUGGGGGGCUUUUGGCUGUCAUCCACACUUUGCACGCUACUACUCAGAUCUUCAUGAAAGAAAUCUCUUGCAGGCAAUGAGGCACCCCAAAGCUAUUGCCUUUGGAGAAAUGGGACUGGAUUACUCUUAUAAAUGUAAUACUGCAGUCCCAACACAACACAAGGUGUUUGAAAGGCAGCUGAAUCUAGCUGUAUCCUUAAGAAAGCCGUUGGUAAUUCAUUGCAGAGAUGCUGAUGAUGAUCUGCUGAAUAUUAUGAAAAAAUGUGUACCAAAAGACUACAAAAUACACAGGCAUUGCUUUACUGGUAGAUACAAUGUAAUAGAACCAUUACUGGACUACUUUCCAAACCUGACUGUUGGAUUCACUGCAUUGCUGACCUAUCCAUCAGCAAAUGAGGCUAGAGAAGCUGUUAAAAAAAUUCCUAUAAGCAGAAUAGUAGUAGAAACAGAUGCGCCUUAUUUCCUUCCUAGACAGGUACCAAAAAGCCUGUGUCAGUAUUCACACCCAGGAGUUGCUCUGCACACAGUGAGAGAACUUGCCCGCCUCAAGGAAGUGUCAUUAUCCAUUAUGUUGGCUGCUCUAAGACGAAACACCAAAAAAAUAUAUGACUUAUAGGAAGGUGCAAGAAAGCAUGGGAAAGAGCUGCUGCUUGAAUGCUGGUUUGAUGCAACAGAGUAUCUUCAAGUGAUUAUUCUGUAAUGCAGAUGGAUAUUUGCGGUUCAGCAAUGCUGUGGAUAAGCCUAGGUCUACUGAGAUUUCUGAAAGAAGCCAGGCAUCAAGUGCUUAGAAGAAAAAGGUUACAUCUUGAUCUUGUUUGUUGUCUUAAGGUGCCUUAUUAUUGAUGUUAGUCAGAGUGACUUUCCUUUUAAUUUACCCAUCCUUUGGAGGCAACAAAGAACACAGUAUUGGCUUUUUAAUUUUUGUUUCAAUUUUAUAAUGGAAUGUUUUAUAAGGUCAUCCUCCAUUACAUUGGACAAACCCAGGGAUGGUUGAUGUAGAGAGUAGAUAGAGGCUUAGCCUCUUCACAAGGAAACGGUGCUUUUAAAUAAUAAAGGCCAUAUUGGAGUGUUUCUCUUAGAACAGGCUACCAGGUCAUUGCCAUAGCGUGCCUCCUUUGUUGUUUGCCAGUUAAACACUUUUUCACCUGCUAGUGUGUGUGCAGCAAUACCUUUAGUGGAGAAAUGAAGUGCAUUUCCUGUGUAUGAUAGCUGAAAUUCUUUACAUCUGUGUACGCCCAAUGGAUCUUCUCAAACACUGAUUGAAAACUAUGGAAAAUUCACUUUUAAAGAGAACUGAGACUGUGGAUACUGUUUAAGGAGCUAAUGGUGGAAGACACUGUGACGGGAAAGUAUGGAAUACAUAAGUGAAAAUAGAAAUCGCAAGAUUUUUCUGUAAAACCAUGUCUAAAAUUUUAGUUUAUUUUAAUUAGACUAGUUUUUAACCUCUUCACUUGAGUUAUUUGAUAAGGGAAAAUAAUUCCUUUUUUAUAUAAUUGAUUUUAAAUAUUAUUUGGACUUUAAAGAGUUGAUUUGUAAAUGUAUUUUUAUAUAAAUAUUGGUACACUUAGUUUAUAUAAAUGACUCCUGUCAGUGAGCAACUAACUAAAACCUUUAGUCAUUAACAUUGAAAACAAGUGAUGUUCUCCAUUUUUCUGUUGCCUUCAGUCCAGAAAUUCCACGUUAUAUGCAAAAGUUCUUCCUGUAAGUACGUUUAUUCCCAUUGUUAAAAGUAUUUUCCAGUGUUUGUGGAAAUGGAAUUAGCAAUUUAAGUAAUCUUUUUUCUUUGUGUAUAUGCAGGAAUGACAAUAAAACUGCUCUCUAUGUUUAGGCAUA